AUGGCACCUGCCUUCACGACUUUCCUGGGCCCCUGCUCGUGCUGCAUGACUCUGUCCACGGGACUGCAGCUCAGACUCAGUCCUCGGGGUCUCGCCGUGUUGCCUGUGCGGCUGGAGGGCGGGGCUGCUGAGGCACCAUUGUUUAGCCUGCUUUGUCUUUUCCUUUGGCAUGUCACUGAAGAUCUUGGUGUCGCCAGGGGCCGCCGCCCUGCCCUGUGUUACCGGUAUUGUGAGAACAAGACGUAUCCGAAAUCUUGCUUCUGCAGAGGUGUCCCCAGUGCCAAGAUCCGCAUUUUUGACCUGGAGCAUAAGAAGGCAAAAAUGGAUGAGUUCCCACUCUGUGGCCACAUGGUGUCGGAUGAGUACGAGCAGCUCUCUUCUGAAGCCCUGGAGGCCGCCUGUAUUUGUGCCCACAAGUACAUGGUGAAAAGCUGUGGCAAAGAUGGUUUUCACAUCCGAGUGCGAUUCCACCCCUUCCAUGUCAUCUGCAUCAGCAAGAUGUUGUCCUGUGCUGGUGCGGACAGGCUCCAGACAGGUAUGCGGGGUGCUUUUGGAAAGUCCCAGGGCACAGUGGCCUGGGUCCGCAUUGGCCGAGUCAUCAUGUCCAUCAGUACCAAGUUGCAGAACAAGGAGCAUGUGAUUGAGGCCCUACCUAAGGCCAAGUUCAAGUUCCCUGGCCUCCAGAAGACCCACAUUUCCAAGAAGUGGGGCUUUACUAAGUUUAAUGCGGACGAGUUUGAAGACAUGGUGGCUGAAAAGCGGCUCAUCCCAGAUGGUUGUGAGGUCAAAUACAUCCCUAAUCGUGACCUCUUGGACAAGUGGAGGGGUCUGCACUCAUGA